GGUUGGUAAUGUUGACCCGACACUCCUGAGUCAACUGUUCUUCACGUCGCUUCAACCCAACCAUCACUCUUUUCCUUUGUAAAAGAAGACCAGGCUGGUUUUUUUCCUUUUUGGAUUCCCUGAUGUUGAACUGGAUCUAAGUGGCUGGAGACAUCAUCACCAAACUCCUCCGUCGUCUUGCUGUACCUCUGGUUUGCUUCUCAGCCAUCAGGGAAGAUGUCGGUGACCAUAACGAGAAAUGACGGGGUCACGGUUUUUACGGUGCAGUCCGACCCGCGGAGCCGCUGGCCUCUGGUGUGUCAGAUGCUGAAGAGCCUUUGCUACAGUCCGCUGUGCUGCUCUCUGUCUCCCCCCGUGAGGAAGAGCCAGGGAACGUCCUUCUCAGUCCUUGGCGCCAUGCAGAUAAUGAUCGGACUGCUCAAUCUGGGCUUAGGCGGAACCCUCCGCAUCAGUCCAGACACUUACUGGCUGCUGAAUGAGUCUGAGUUUUCCUUCUGGUUGGGAGCGCUGUUCAUCACUUUUGGAUUGAUGUGUGUUUUAUCUGAGAAGUUCCCAAGCCUGUGCCUGGUCGUCCUGAAUGUGAUGCUGAACUUGGCCGGAGUUGGUUUCGCCAUCGCAGCCAUCGUGCUCUACAGCAUCUACAUUUCACACCUUGAUAUCGGGUGGUAUUGCUCCGACUUCAGGUCCUACUCCGGCUACCCCACCCAAACUCCACCUUCACAGAGAGAAAGCAAAUUUUUCCGGCAGCUCUGUCUGGAAGGCAAUUUGUUGUUUCAGGUGCUCCUGAUAGGACUGAACGUUCUGCUGAUCGUCCUGUCCAUCAUGGAGCUCUGCGUCGCCGUCAGCGCCGUCGUCCUCAGCAUCAAGACUCUGAGGAACUCUGUGCAGGAGGAAAACACGAAUGCUGAAAACACCAAACCACUGCUGGAAGAGUUCGCCUCUCAUUCUGCAGCCUGAUGACCUUUAAACCUCCUUUAAACAAAAAACAGACAAAACUUUAAAUGUUAAAAGUAAAAGCUGAUGUUUUUCUUUUCUUUAUAACUUCACUCUUGUGUUUGUAGAAGAUAAAAAACAGUGUCAUAUGAUACAUUUUGAUCCUUCUUGUUGACAGAACCGCAUUAUAUUUCUGUAUUUCUCUACCUAUCCUCUUUAGAGCACUCCGACCAGGAAGUGCAGAUAUCCUGGGACUGAUUUCCUGCCCUGCAGAGUUAAUGAUUAGCUGCAGUGAAAUAAACCUGCUGGGAUGAAGUUUUUGUAAUGAUCAUUCUGUCUGUGCUAUCCUAAUUAAAAACACUGCAUGUAUUGUAAAAUAAAGAUUCAUGUACCUCAAUCUGCAUAAAUGUAUGUUCAUUUAUAAUCUUUUUAUUUUCUAUGAAGUCUUUUGUCAUUUUUAGAUUUACAUUUUUGUGUGGGUUUAAUGCACAAACGUCUCGAGAUGAUUCUAAUUCUGAAAAAUAGUUUUUAUGGAACAUAAACCAUGUUUGAAAAUGAAUAAAUGAUAAAAAGAGACAUUAAAAUAGCUUUGAUUGUUUCUUUGUUUGUCAGGAAUCUGAUAGUCAUACAAGAUUUUCAGAAUAUGUUAAAUUUGCAAUCUUUC